AAAGAGUUAAUUCCCUUCCUGAAUUUACAAUAUGGUGGACAUUGUCUCAUUAAUAUCAUGAAAGAGUUUUUAUUUCGGCUGAAACAGUUUUCAGCUGUGGCACGUAUAAUUUAUGAACGAAUGCGGAAAGGAUAUGCUUUAUGAUGGUGUGUCUAAAGUUUACCGAAAUACGCCAUUCUUAGCCCAGAAUUGCAAGCUUUUAUUCCUAGCAUCUCAGUUGCUAAUUUUGGCUCGUUCAGUCGGUGUCAGUCAGUGCCUAUCCAGAUUUUCAGAAGUGUUAGCAUUUGAUAAGAUUAUUAGCUCUGUGCACAUCAAAUAAGUAUAAUAAUCUAGUAAACUUCAGUGUGCAUUCACGCUUUCAAUUACAGAAAAAUAAACCAAUUUCAACACAGCCUUACGAUCUGCUCGUACUGCAGUUGGACUGUUCGGUUAAGUACAACUAAGAUAUCAAAUUCUGACCCAUCUCGAACGGAGACAUCAUUCAUGCCGCUAAGUCAUGGACAAACUGAGUAUCAUCUCGGGAGCGCUGUUCCUGGCUGCGGACAUUUUCGCGGUGACGAGUUUAGCUAUGCCGCACUGGAUCGUGUCAGAGAUAGGAGGUGAGACGAACAUUGGGCUGCUCAAGACAUGCCUAACAAUUUAUCGCCGACCGUCCGUCUGCUUCGUGCCGGAACCAGUACGGGGCGAGUGGUUGUUAACUUUUGUUUGCAUCGUUUUGGGGGUUCUCUGUAUCAACAUCACCAUUGUGCUGUUGGCUUUCUCCUACUGGCAGAGUAGGGUGGUCAAAUUUGCUAGGUGGCUCGGAUUCCUUGCCAUGAUUCUCUUCUGCUUGGCUGCUGUCAUCUUUCCAAUUGGAUUUGACAUGGAUCAGAUCGGUGGGGAAGCGUAUCAGUUGCCUAACAACUUCCGCGUGGGCAUCUCCUACAUCUUUUUUGUGCUGGCUCUGUGGAUCACAGUUGUGUCGCAGCUAUUUGCGAGCAAAGUUUGCUUGCCUCAUUUUUGAGGGAGUCAAUAGACUUGUCGUAUCUAAAAUAUAUAUCUUCUUUAUCUGCUUUUGAGACACUCGUCAACAUAUCUUUCACCUAUUAAUGGACACCACAAAAAAAUUGCUUAUCAAUGCAUAAUGUCAUAUCUUGACAGUGAUUAUGAUAUGUUUCAUAAUUUUGUAUAUUUGCAUAUAAAAUAUAUAUGUGUGUAUGUAACAGAGCCAAAAUGUUUUCACUUAUUUUUCACACUGUAUGGUACAGAGUUUAAGAAAGCACCUUUUCAGAUGCUGACUUUUAUUUAGUGCAUGCUUUGUUCAUGAUAUAGUGAUGCAGAAGUUGUCAAAGAGAAAAUGAAUGCAUGCUUUAGCUUUUUAUAUUGACUUUGUGACCUGCAUAUUGAUGUUAAGGCAAUAUUAACAAUAUAUAAAAUAGACUAUAUAUGUAUAUAAAUAUAAAUCUACAGCUUUGGGCCAGUUACCAUGUGUACAUGACCUUGUGUGUCUGAUAUUUCUAGUGAGUUUAAAAAUGUGAUAAUGGUACAUCACAUAUGAAAAAGUAUGUAAAACAAUAAUAACAUAAAUGCCUAAAGAUAAGCAGACUUUAAAAAAAAAUUUGAGUUGGGAUUUUGUUUUUAUUUGGUGGAGAAUUCUUGUAUGUCUGUAGAUGGGGUGUGUUCUAGGCCAAGUUGCUCCUUUGAUGCUUAAUAUCUCCUUUUCAUGGAUUUCACUUUUCCUAUACAGUUUGUACCCACCAAUGGAAAUGUCUUCAUAGCAAGAGCUCAAUUGCAUCAAUACGUCCAUUUUGAAAAAGUUAUAUACUAUAACAGUUAGCAAAAAGAAUAUACAAAUAAAGGUUAUUUAUACAACCCUCCUCAACUGUGGAAGAUUUGGUAUUUGGAAAAAAAGCUAAAAAUGUUUUCAUAUUGUCACAUUUUCCAAUUUUCUUUAGGCUUUUUAGAAGGAGAACAGAGAUCCUGGGAAAUAAAAUUGGAAAGGAGCUUGGAUAUGGAAGUAAUUAAAAUUCUUUCAAAUUAUAAGCCUAGCAAUAAGAUGCAAUAAUUGAGCAAGAUCAUGUUGUGAUUUUAUUAUAUGUAACAGAUUUUGUUAUCAGUAAUGUUCUUCAAGCAGUGACUUUGUCCAUAUGCUUCAAACUAUUACAACAAAACAUGAAGUAGUUCCAGCUCAGUGGUAAAUGUUUGUGAAGUAAGGAGUUGAGAAACAAUGAUUAUUUUAGUGAAAAUUUUUGUUAAAUAUGGCACAAGAUUUAGAUGUCUGCCAAGAUAAAUGCUUGCUGGUUUAGCUGGAGAGGCUGAUUUUGUUUUGUUUGUUUUUUUUGCAUAGGUUUUAUGGCUUACCUGAUAUUUGUUCACACAGGUGUUGCAAGCCCUUAUGUUUUUGAGUUAUGGAAAAUGCAGGAAAGUACAUAGUACCAUUUAAGUUAUAAAUCAUGUUUAUUUUUAAAUGACUGUGUACAUGUUUCAUACCAAAACUGCUUACAAUUUGAUCUCAGCGACAGAUUGAAAACGUCUUAUUUACUUUUGUGCCAUACUGAAAGUACAGGUUUUAACUCCAUGCUGAAACCACUGGGGUAGUUUUAUUCUCACAACACUUCCACAAUCACCCAGUUACACAUUUCCACAUAAAAGUAAUAAGCAUGAAAUUUGUAUUUAUAUAGCAAAGAAAAAUGUAAUUAUGUAACUUUUAUAGCAUAAUAUAUUUUUUACUUGUCUAUGUGUUGUGCUUUAUCAAACACACAGAGCAUUUAUGCUACUUGAUAACUUGUACAACAUGCAGCUUCAAAGAAAUGCUUGCAAAUCUGUAGAUGCCACAUGUACAACACACACACACUCUCACUCAUUCACUUACUGCAGGCAGCUAAGAACACCCAGACCAAUUUUCCAGAUAUAAUUUCUGCUUUGUUUCUCGUAGUGUGCAACCUCUUACAUGCCAUUCAGUGUUGUGAAAUGCUGUGGAUAUCAUAAUGUGUGCCACAAGCUCCAUGGUUGAGACCUUGGUGUCAGCCACCCUUUUUGAACUUAAACACCUAGCUUUUUUCAUUGUCUGUUUUGUUUGUGCAUAAGGAGAUAGUAUAGUUAUUAACUUGGAUAACUCACUAUUUGGAAGUCAGCUGUACAUGAACUUGUAAAUCUGUUGAGAGAAAUGUCCCGAGAUGAUCAUAGAUAGGCAAGCAUCUUGCAAGCAUCAAACUGGUUGCGCAUUUUAGGAUCUGUUUACCACCACUCAAGACAUGCCUAAGUGGUGAGCUUCAUCUGCUACUGUGUCUAUCCAGUUGUUCUACACAACAACCAGUACUGACAGACCAGCAUAACUGUUUGUCAACUGCUACUAGCCAUUGGAUGAGUGAACGACUUUGUGGAUAAAAAGAACUUUCGAUUCAGUUUUACAGAGUGAAUUUCUGCCUUAGUCUUGCAUGUCUCAUGUGAACUUCACAUUAAUCAGAUACCUGUGACUUGUCCAUGCUAAAAACUUAGAUGUUAGAUGACAUGUACAUUAGAUUUGUCAUUAAUUCCCUAUACAUGGGUUUUUGUCUUGUCUCCAUGGAUGUCAGACUUACUGCCUAUGCUUGUUGAGCAUUUUAGUCUGGACAUGUUGUAUCUUCCUCACACCAAUAAUCUGUACCAAAGACAUAAUUUUAUCAUUAGUUUGAACUAUUCUUCAAAAUAUUUGUGCUCUUAGUGUGUGUGAUUGAGAGAAAGAACACAUGCAUGCAAAAACAUGAUCUCACACGCCCAUCGAUAAUCAUUUCUUACCUUAUGUUAUUUCCUUGUCAUCUUUUAUGUUUUUAAGAUCUGGAAUACUUUGUUGAUCGGUGAUAUUGCUUUUGCUUCAUUUCUCCUUCAGCAAUGUUUGUUUUCAGGUCAUUUUUAAACGUAGAAUCCUGUGAUGCUCUGGCAAAUUUGUAAUCACUUCUAGCCCUUGUGGACACAUGCUGAUGAGAUCACUGAAUGUCCUUCCUUUAUCGUGACUGCAAUGAUCUGAACAGCGCAAAGUUUGAAACUUGUACAAUCCUUAGACCACUUAGAAUUUUUCAUAGAGAAGGUUUUCAGUAUCUUAUGUAGUUAUUUUUCUUCCCUUUUGUGAAAGCAAGGUAAAAAAUGGAGGAAACAGGGAGGUCCUGUAGGAGAAACGGUGGGAGGGAAGUCACAGAUAUAAGUGACGAGACAGUGUUGUUGGAUCAGACAUCAGUAAUAUCUGCUGUGGUUUCCUUUUUUUGCCCACUUUUUUGUCAUUUUAUGCAUAAUCUGAAACUAAAACUUAUCUUUAUUGAAGAGCAGGUAUAAAGAUGACAACAUUAUUUUACCACAAGGUUUUGAGCAUAAUUUUAUGAAUGUGAUAAUUGUUGUGUAGUAGAAGAUUUUUCUGUGUGCAUAGUAGUUCAUGGAGUGUAAUUUUUGUUUGUAGUAUGUGAUAUUGUCAGCAGAUUUAAAACAAUUAGACAGUGUUCAAGAUGCAGCUCUUUGCACAAAGUUAUGAAGAUCCUAAAAAUGUUGUCUCAGUAGACAAUGUAAGAAUGGAUUCACCAGCCGACCCAGUGACACCGUAUCUGGAAACUACAUGUUUGUUGUGAUAGUCAUGGUGUGGGAUCAUUUAUCAUAUCCUAAAAAACAAAUUUAGGGGUUUUUUGUUUUUGGUGGGGGUGAAAGUUUACAUAGCAGUCUUAAAAGUAGUGAAUGCAUGACACAAAUUGCAUGUACUAUGUUCAUGUGUUACUUCUAUUGUAUUAAUGCAGAAUAGUUAUAUUUUGUUUUUGUGUGUUCAUUUGCAUAUGUGUGUUAAAGUGCACAUUUAUGUAAACUUACAGGCAUGAUUUUGUGACAAACAUAUGCAAAAAGUUCUCAUCUGCAUGAUAUUAUAAAUUUUAAUUAACAAGUGCAUAAUUAUGCUGCUGUCGAACACAAGUUUGUGCUGUAUACAGACUUUUGCAUUUCUUUCCUAUUUUUCUUUCAGGUGGAUAUUUCAGAAAUAUUUUGACAGAUAUCUGUAGACACCUUUUUUUCCUGUUAACUUGCUGUUUCUGCAAAAGGGCAUUAGCAUGUUUUAAGUGCUUAUGACUUUCUUGAUAAAAAUAUUUAUAAAUGAAAUAGGUAAAGCUUUUCACAUUUUUCACUUUUGUGAUGAGGUCAGUUUGAUUUGCCUUAUGUUAUGAACCAUAUGUUAUCUGAUAUUCGUUUUGAAUGAUGAAAGAGUAGAAUACCAAAACAUGCACCUUUCAGAAUUAAGGUGUAUCAAGCAGACAAAAAUAAUUAAAAGACUGUUUGGGUGUGGUGCUCAUGUUUGCUUUGAUGAUAGUUUUGAAGUAUAAGAGAAAAGUUGCCAAUUUUUUUGUUCUAUUUUUGGAGCUGCAGUUUCAUUUUGGAAAGACCUGCAGUGAUCAUUGCUUGCUAUUUAAAUCAUAUUUUUUAAACACUGGCAUUUCUAUUGUUCAUCUGCAAUUAUACAUGCUGGUAUAUUCCAAUAUGCUGUACUGAAGCCUUUUCAGUAAAGGCGGUGUUAAAUGCUGUGUCAAGGUUCAUUGACAUACAGCUGCAUUGUCUUUAAAAAGAAAAGUGUAAUGUAACAGUCAUUUAAACCUCUUACAGUUUAUGUGUGUUUGGAUGCAUUUUGAUACAAAUGGUCACUACUUUUGUAUAAUUAUGGUUUUUCAACAUUGAAAUAUUAAAGUGGAGGCUACAAAGA